CGCGUAGACCGGUCCUGUCCCACGAUGGUGCAUAGUAGGAAGAGAAAUGUGUCCUCUAGUCAAGUUACUGUUGUGUUUUCAUUCUUUUAGACCUAUGGCGUCAGGUAUACGUCGUGUUUUUGUACUAUAAACUAGAGGGGGAAAACGAUGUCGAUAAACCGAUGUUUGCUUGUUUUUUCUCGGCUUCGGCGCCAUGUUAAUACUCGAACAGCCCACCUGGCUAGAAGUAGCUGUCAUGCGUAUUUGGGGUCUGUUUCGUCGCAUAGAGAGCACCCGAUGUGUGCCGUGGUUAGCAGCAGGAAUUCUUCAUCAUCAUCCAAACCUCCGGACACGUCGCUCUUUGUCCCUCUUACCCUGAAGACUGACCUGUCUGAUGAAGGGAGUGUGGGAGCCGAGCUGACCCAGCCUCUGGAUAAAAAUGAACUUUUGAAAAUUGCGAACCGAUUUUACAAGAGGAAAGAGAUGCAGAAGCUGGCUGCAGAUAACGGACUGGAUGCAAGGCUCUUCCACCAGGCCUUUAUCAACUUCAGGAAAUAUAUCCUGGAGGUGACAUCACUACCUGCCGAUCUGCACAUCAUUCUCAGCGACAUUUGCUGCGGAGCAGGUCACAUCGAUGACAUCUACCCAUACUUUAUGCGACACGCCAAGCAGAUCUUUCCCAUGCUUGACUGUAUGGACGACCUGAGGAAGAUCUCUGACCUCAGAGUUCCUGCCAACUGGUAUCCUGAGGCCCGUGCCAUCCAGAGGAAGGUGAUCUUCCACGCCGGCCCCACCAACAGCGGCAAAACCUACCACGCCAUCCAACGCUACCUGGCUGCAAAGUCAGGGGUCUACUGUGGGCCCCUCAAACUUCUCGCCCACGAAAUCUUUGAGAAAAGCAACCAGGCCGGUGUCCCAUGCGACCUGGUGACCGGCGAGGAGAGGACGAUUGUGGACACUGAAGGACGAGUGUCUGGUCAUGUGGCCUGCACCAUCGAGAUGUGCAGUGUCACAACGCCAUACGAAGUGGCUGUGAUCGAUGAAAUUCAAAUGAUCAGAGAUUCUUCACGGGGCUGGGCUUGGACCAGAGCUCUGCUGGGUCUCUGCGCGGAGGAGAUUCAUGUGUGUGGGGAACCUGCAGCCAUUGACUUUGUCAGAGAACUGAUGUACACCACCGGAGAGGAGGUGGAGGUCCACACCUACCAGCGUCUAACGCCAUUCUCUAUCCUGGACAGCGCUGUGGAGUCUCUGGACAACCUAAGAGCAGGGGACUGCAUCGUGUGCUUCAGUAAAAAUGACAUCUACUCCAUAAGCAGACAGAUUGAAGCCAGAGGGCUGGAAUGUGCUGUCAUUUAUGGAAGUUUACCGCCAGGUACCAAACUGUCCCAGGCCAAGAAGUUCAACGACCCCGAUGACCCCUGCAAAAUUUUGGUUGCAACAGAUGCGAUUGGGAUGGGCCUUAAUUUGAGCAUCAAACGCAUUAUCUUCAACAGUCUCGUGAAGCCUAACGUCAAUGAAAAAGGGGAGAAGCAGAUGGAGACCAUCAGCACGUCACAGGCUCUCCAGAUCGCUGGGCGAGCCGGAAGGUUCUCCUCCAAGUUCAAAGAGGGAGAGGUUACCACCAUGUACAGAGAUGAUCUUCCAGUGCUUAAGAAUAUACUUAGUCACGCGGUGGAGCCCAUAGAGACUGCGGGUCUUCAUCCCACUGCAGAGCAGAUUGAGAUGUUUGCUUAUCAUCUACCUGAUGCGACUCUCUCUAACCUUAUUGACAUUUUUGUGAGCCUCUCCCAGGUGGACGGCCUCUAUUUUGUCUGUAACAUUGACGACUUUAAAUUCCUGGCUGACAUGAUUCAACACAUCCCGCUCAACCUGAGGUCACGCUACGUUUUCUGCACGGCUCCCAUCAACAAAAAGCAGCCUUUCGUGUGCACGUCUUUCUUAAAGUUCGCCCGUCAAUUCAGCCGAGACGAACCCUUGACCUUCGACUGGGUCUGCCGCCAUGUCAACUGGCCUCUGGCCCCGCCCAAAAACAUCAAAGACCUGGUUCACCUGGAGGCCGUUCACGACGUGUUGGAUCUUUACCUCUGGUUAAGUUACCGUUUCAUGGACAUGUUUCCCGAUACGGCCUUCGUCCGAGAAAUUCAACGGGAACUGGACAUCACCAUCCAAGAGGGAGUUCGCAAUAUCACGCGUCUCAUCCGAGCCACAGACCCGGCUAUCACCGGCCCGCUCCAGACUCAGAAAAAUACCGGACAAACGAACACUACCAACAGCAACUCAUCAGGAGGCAGAAAGAAUCCGAGCACUCCCAGACGCUCGGGACAGGCCCUGGGCAGCUCACUCACUAACCGCUUGGUGCGAGAUGGACUCUUGACCACAGAAAUGCUGCAACAGUUGCAGAGGGAGUGGUCUAAAGGACAGAGGAAGGAGUCCACCAAUCAGAGUUCACUGGAUGCUAAAAAUUACAGCAAUGGCAACCAAGACAACAAGAAGAAAAAGAGGAAAUGAACCAUCAUGUAGGACAUAAUGUCGUCUGGACUUCAAGAUGGACACUUGACCUCAGACGUGCUGCAACAGACACAGGGGGAGUGGUUUAAAGGACAGAGGAAGGAAUCCACAUCUUGACAUCUUGGAUUUUAAAAAAAGUUCUCCGACCUGAUAAAAACAUAUGUUAACCCUCUAUUGGGUAAGAAACCUGUGAACCUCCGAAAAUUAUGCAAUUAUGGAAUUAUGAUACAAUAUUUAGAAAAGUCAUCAAUGGUCUUGUUUUGUAUGCAAAUAAAUGUAUAGAUUCCGAAUUUUCAGUA